AUUGUUAUAAAUCUCAAACCAACCUGUGAGUGUUGUUUCCCUUCAGUCAUGACCUCUCUGCUGAGCUGCACAACAAACCAAGCCUCUCUGACUGUGAGUCCCAGCAGCUCUCAGAUGUUUAAAGGACAGUCUGUCUCUCUGAGCUGUGAGGAGGACGACAGCUCUGCUGGAUGGACUCUGAGGAGGAACACAACCAGAGAAACCAGGACUCAAAGUGGAGCUGAGUGGGGACGAUCAGCUGGUUCAUCCUGUACGAUGGGCUUUUUGGUCCCAAUGGACAGUGGAGUUUACUGGUGUGAGUCCAGAGAGGGAGCAACCAGUAACACCAUCAACAUCACUGUCACUGAUGGUCCAGUGAUCCUGCAGAGUCCUGUCCUCCCUGUGAUGGAGGGACAUGAUGUCACUCUGCACUGUGAAACAGAGACGUCCUCCAACCUCCCAGCUGGUUUCUAUAAAGAUGGCUCCUUCAUCAGGACUGAGCCUGAAGGUCACAUGACCAUCCACCAUGUUUCCAGGUCUGAUGAAGGUCUCUACAAGUGUCACAUCAGCAGUGUUGGAGAGUCUGAACCCAGCUGGGUCACUGUCACAGGAAAACCAAACAUUACUCCUCCUCCAUCGGCCUCCGUGCCCGGUUCUCCCUCUCCUCCUCCUCCUCCUCCUCCUCCUCCCCCGUCGUCCCCUCCGGCUCUCUCAGUGUGGCUGUCUGUUCCAGUCUCCUGUGGUCUCCUGGUGCUGCUGGUUGUACUGGUUGUACUGGUCAUACUGGUGAGACGAUGUGUCCGGAGGAAACUUGAAGAGAUGAAUCCAUCUCCAGUUUAUUCAUCAGUGAGAAGAAGAGAGGACAGGAGUCGUGAAGCAAACAGGACGAGAGAUGCAGUUUAUUCAUCUGUGAGGAGAAGUGAAGACGUCUCUUACGGACAGAUAGAGAUCAGAGCGAACAGGACGAGAGAGUUUCUGCCCGAGCCACAGGUGGUCUACUCCUCGCUGAGGUCCACCUGAGCACCUGAACACCUGUCCGACCUCUGACCUCCAGCUGCUGAGAUGAUUUAUCACAUGUUGUCUCUCUCUGGUGUAAAGUUAUUUAUUU